GGUACAGGCCCAUUCUAAAACUGAUAAAGCCCUGAAUCCUGAUAAUGAAAGAAGACAAAUGAGUAGUUGGAGAGUUUAAGUCACCAUUAGUUGGGCGCGUGAUCAAGUACUUGGCCAAAACAUACAAUUGUUAGUACUUCAGUUUCCAACUCCCAGAACACAAUUUACUCGUGUGUGUCUGAUAUUCCAAGUUUAGCUGCUAAGUUGUAAGAAAAUGGGAAGAACAGUGAUGGAAGUUGGAUCUGAUGGUGUUGCAGUUAUUACUCUCAUCAAUCCUCCCGUUAAUUCUCUGUCUGUAGAUGUGUUAGAGAGCUUGCAUGAAACCUAUAGACAGGCAUUACAACGGGAUGAUGUGAAGGCAAUUGUUGUCACUGGCGCAAAUGGCAGAUUUUCUGGUGGAUUUGAUAUUACGGCCUUUAGAAAAUUCCAAGCUGGAAACUCACCAGCUCCGAAGCUUGGUUAUGUAUCAGUUGAAAUUCUUGCUGACACUUUAGAAGAUGCAAAAAAACCAGCAGUUGCUGCUAUUGAUGGCCUUGCCCUGGGUGGAGGUCUGGAGGUUGCAAUGUCCUGCCAUGCGCGCAUCUCUACCUCUAACGCACAAUUAGGCUUACCUGAGCUGCAGCUUGGUGUGAUUCCGGGAUUUGGAGGGACACAACGCCUUCCACGUCUUGUUGGCCUUGCAAAGUCUCUUGAAAUGAUACUGACAUCAAAGCCAGUUAAAGGGGAGGAAGCUCUUGACUUGGGCCUUGUUGAUGCCAUAGCUCCACCAGAAGAACUAUUAAGCACAGCUCGUCGUUGGGCCCUUGAUAUAUUAGAGCGUAGAAGACCAUGGAUUAAUAGUCUCUACAGAAAUGACAAGUUAGAGCCACUUGGUGAAGCAAGGGAAAUACUAAAUUUUGCCAGAACUCAAGCGCGUAAGCAAGCUCCAAAUCUCAAGCAUCCGCUAGUUCUAAUUGACGUCAUUGAGGAGGGUAUAGUUUCCGGUCCACGUGCAGGCCUCUGGAAGGAAGCUGAAGCUUUCGAAGGUCUCCUGCCUUCAGACACUAGCAGAAGUUUGGUCCACAUAUUCUUUGCCCAACGCGGUACUACAAAGGUUCCAGGAGUGACUGAUAGGGGUUUGGUUCCAAGACCUAUUAAUAAAGUUGCUAUUCUUGGGGGAGGAUUGAUGGGAUCUGGUAUAGCAACAGCACUUGUUCUUAAUAAUUAUCCUGUCAUCCUGAAAGAAGUGAAUGAGAAAUUCUUACAGGCUGGAAUUGAUAGAGUCAAAGCCAAUUUGCUAAGUCGUGUCAAGAAAGGAAGAAUGACACAACAGAAGUUUGAGAAAACUUUCUCUCUCUUGAAGGGUGUGCUUGAUUAUGAUAGCUUUAAGGAUGUCGAUUUGGUGAUAGAGGCCGUGAUAGAGAAUGUGUCCUUAAAGCAACAAAUAUUUGCAGACCUUGAGAAGUAUUGUCCUCCGCAUUGCAUUCUUGCAAGCAACACCUCAACCAUCGACUUGAACUUGAUUGGUAAGAGGACCAAGUCCCAUGAUCGGAUUAUUGGAGCACACUUUUUUAGUCCUGCUCACGUCAUGCCACUUCUGGAAAUCAUCCGUACUGACAAGACAUCUUCUCAAGUGAUUGUUGAUCUGCUGGAUGUCGGGAAAAAGAUAAAAAAGACCCCAGUCGUGGUUGGAAAUUGUACUGGUUUUGCUGUAAAUAGGAUGUUCUUUCCAUACACCCAAGCUGCUCUUUUACUUGUUGAUCGAGGAGCAGAUAUCUAUCAGAUUGAUAGGGCGAUUACUAAGUUCGGAAUGCCAAUGGGUCCAUUUAGGCUGUGCGACCUUGUUGGGUUUGGUGUUGGUGUCGCAACUGGCAAGCAAUUUAUAGACAAUUUUCCAGAGAGAACCUACAUGUCAAUUCUACUUCCUCUCAUGAUGGAAGAUAAAAGAGCUGGUGAAAGCACUCGCAGAGGGUUCUAUGUCUACAAUGAUAGGCGCAAGGCAAGCCCAGACCCAGAAGUGAAAAAAUACAUUGAGAAGGCGCGGAGCAUGUCUGGUAUCACCAUAGACCCCAAGUUGACUAAGCUGUCAGACGAGGAAAUAGUGGAGAUGGUAUUUUUCCCUGUUGUAAAUGAGACGUGCAGAGUAUACUCUGAAGGUAUUGCAGUCAAAGCAGCAGAUCUAGACAUUGCUGGAGUCAUGGGCAUGGGCUUUCCACCCUACAGGGGAGGUAUCAUGUUCUGGGCAGAUUCUAUUGGAUCCAAAUACAUUUGUUCGAAACUGGAGGAGUGGUCUAAUUUAUACGGAGAAUUCUUCAAACCUUGUGCAUACUUGGCUGAAAGGGCAGCCAAGGGAGCUCCUCUGAGUACGCCACUGGAGCAAGCGAUGUCUCGCCUUUAAGUCCGGCUGCAUGCAUUAUUCACUUGCCAUUGUAUGAACCCUCAUACUGUGUUGAAGUUUUUCUUCUCUUUUGUUGAUACAAAUGAAAUGGCUUCAUUAGAGCUAAGAAAAGUGGUAGGUGGGAUAUAUAUAGGUAAAACACAGACGACAAUAAAAAAAAAAAAAAAAAAGAGUUCUAAUAAAAUGUAACAUGUUAGGUACAUGUAUGAUGCACCAUCCCUCUCAUGUUUGAAUGGUCAAUUUACAACUCGCAAGUCGCAAUAGAAUGUGUUGAAUAUCA